AUGCAGCAACAACCGCCAUUCAGUGCUGCAGGGUAUCAACCCUACAUGUACCCUCAAUCUCCGAAACCCGCACCAGCUGUCAAUGGCAUAGCUUCACAACCGCCAAACGGGUUAGAUAAAUUCCCUUUAAUAGACCUUAAUGUUGGUAUCAGUGUGAACGUGCGUUUCUUAUAUUUUAGUCUACCUUCACUGCAACCACAAAAUUGUCCUCCUGGCCCGCAAAUGAUGUAUAACACUUCUACUACUGCUGAAGGUGCAUUAGCCAAUCAAAUUGGGGCCAUGAGUCUCAGCCAAUCAGAGCAACCUCCGGCUUCACCAUACCAAGGUUACACGUCCUCACAGCAGCCAAUGGCAAACUACACCCAGAUGAUGCCGGUCGGUAAUUAUCCACCACCUAUAGAUGCUACCAAUACUGUUGGGUCGCCAAUAGCUCCUCCCGGUCCGCAGUUACCUCCACUAAACGCGUCGGCUUCGCAGCAUCAGCGUCAGCAGUACCCUCAACAAACGUACAAUCAACAGCCACCGCCAUAUCAGACCGGAUUCCCACCAAUGGGGAUGAUCCCUCCUACCUCACCCCCUAUGCAUCCGCCGCAGCCACCUGCCGCACCCAAAGCCCCGUCGGCUCGGGCAAUGGCCGACAAUAUGCCCAAUGCCGUCGAAGUUAUUGAGAACGACAGAAGUCGUCGUGGAGGUGUUGCCUUUCUGACCGGUCCAACUGGAGUUGCUCCACCACUUUCAACAACAGACUUCGCUUGUCGCGAUGAGGGAAACUGUAACCCGCGUUUCAUUCGUUCCUCUCUCUACAAUGUGCCAACAUCGUCUGACCUGCUCAAGCAAAUUGGACUGCCUUUCGUGCUCUCCAUCCAACCCUUUGCUCCGCUUCAUCGAGACGAUCAGCCCCUUAUACUCACCGAUAUGGGCCCACAGGGCCCUGUUCGAUGCGUGCGGUGCAAAGCCUACAUGAAUCCCUUCUUCGUCUUCAUCGACGGUGGCCGGCGUUUUCAGUGUUCCAUGUGCGGAGCCUCUACGGAGGUACCUCCAGACUAUUUUGCGCAUCUAGACCACACUGGUCGACGCAUUGAUGCUUUCCAACGGCCGGAGCUCUGUCUUGGUAGCUACGAAGUGGUCGCAACCAACGAGUAUUGCAAAAACAACGAACCGCCUCUCCCGCCCGCUUUCAUCUUCCUACUGGACGUUUCGCACACGUCGGUGCGUUCAGGCCUAGUCAACUUAUUCUGUUCGCGAUUCAUCACCGACAUUCUCCCAAAUUUGCCCCGAGACGAUCAGGACGUUGCAAGCGGGGCUGUCUCAGCUGACAGUCAGAGCCCCAUAUCGAUCGGAUUCAUUACGUACGACAGCCAACUCCACUUCUACACUCUCGUGCGUCCGGGCACGGCCGGCGCCGAGCCCGUCUCGAAACCGCACAUGUCCGUGGUGGCGGACACCGCGGACGUCUUUGUCCCCUCGGUGGACGGUUUUCUGGUGCCACCCAAUCCCACCAUCCUCACUAACCUCCUGAGCACGAUUCCGGGCCAGUUCAUUUCGGUGCAGGGCGCCAACGCCCAGGCCUCUCCCUCGCCCGAUCCCAUUCUCGCACCCGCGGUGCAGGCUGGUCUGGAGGCCCUCAAAGCGGCCAAUCGAUGCGGCAAACUCUUCAUCAUGCACUCCUGCCUUCCGACUGCCGACGCGCCUGGAAAACUCAAGUUUCGCGAGGACCGACACCUGAUUGGAACUGAUCGCGAGAAGACACUGCUGCAGCCAGCUACAGACUACUACACCAAACUUGGCAAAGACUGUGUCGAGGCCGGUGCUAGCGUAGACCUCUUCCUCUUCCCCAAUUCCUUCGUUGACGUGGCUACCAUCGGUGAAGUGCCCAAGUUGACGUCUGGCAAUCUUUACAAGUACUCGUACUUCCAGGCUGACAUACAAGGCGAGCAGUUCCUGGCGGAUCUGCGGAAGGCCGUAGCCCGGCCGAAAGCCUUCAACGCCGUGAUGCGAGUUAGAACGAGCACGGGGACACGGCCGUUUGAGAGCCUCGGCAAUGUCAACCUGCCCAACACCACCGACGUGGAGUUGGCGGCCGUCGAUUCCAACCAGGCCAUCUCCUGCGAGAUCAAGUAUGACGACAAGUUAAGCGACAACGACCUAGUCUUUAUUCAGGCGGCAAUCCUCUACACAUCGGUGGGUGGACAUCGUCGACUGCGCAUCCACAAUCUCUCCCUGUCGACGUCCAGCGCACCCGCGGACAUCUACCGUCUCGCCGACCUGGACACCUACAUGACUUGGCUUGCCAAACUGGCCAUCCAGCAGUCUGUGGCGAAGACGUCGGUGCAGAUUCUCACCGACUUCACGGCCAAGGUGGCACACACCCUCGCCGGCUACCGGAAACUCUGCACCAACUCUGGCGGCCCCUACGGCGGUGGCAACCCCGGCGAACUUGUCCUCCCGGAAACCAUCAAGUUGCUUCCCCUUUACACCCAGUGUCUGAUGAAAUCAGAGCCUCUCAAAUCGGCUAAGAAUUCCACCAUUGACGACCGCGCGUACAUGCGAUUCCUCCUCAAUUCCAUGGGACCUAAAGAAACCAACAACUUCCUCUAUCCGCGUAUUUACCCAUUGCAUGACAUCGACCCAGAAAAAACCACGGAGCUUCCCUCAGCCAUCCGCUGCUCAUUCGAACGACUAGCCCCCGGGGGCGUCUACUUCAUCGAGAACGGCGUCCACGCGCUCAUGUGGUGUGGCCUCAAAGUGAACCCCACCUGGAUCCAACAGGUCUUCGGUGUCACCGACGUGCACGUUCUCGAGCCGGAAAAGGUUGUGCUAACGGAGUACGAUAAUCCCCUCUCGAAGUGCAUUUGUCGUCUGGUGCUGCCU